AGUUUCUUGCGGCGAAAAGGGACCAAAUUCCGCAUCUACAGCAACGUAGGUACGAUUGAAAGGGUGUGGUCUUCGGAAGAGCUUCGCAAUGUCGGAUUCCCACGGACCAAUCGCAUCUGCCGUCGUGCUUCCUGAGGCCGAGGAGCCUCCGCACUCUCCCCCAGGAGCUGCAAAGCGUCGACAAUCUUCGAUUUCUGAAGGCGAUUCAAAACGACCACGUUUCGAGGACGACAGAAGAAACAGCACACAGGGUGAUCGGACCUCGCCUCAUCACGCAACGGAUGCAAGACGAGAAGAGCGGAGGAAAGGCGGGCAAGCUGAAGAACGCAAGCGUGGCCAGAGACUUUUUGGAGCGCUUCUCGGCGCCCUUAAUCAGAAUUCACCGAGCAAAGUCCAGAGGCGUCGUGCAGAUAUUGAAAAAAAGCAACAGGCUAAGCUGCGAGUUCAAGACGAAGAAUAUGAUGAACUGAGAAAGAAGCGGUUAGAAGAACUCACCGUGGUAAGGCAACGAGAGCAGGUCAAGUUCGCUGAACAGUCCAUGCGAAUACGUCAUUCAAAUCUUCUCGCCAUGGCGCAUUUUCUCUAUACCGACACAGAACCGCGAUUGUACUACAAGCCAUGGGAGUUACUACCAGGAGACGAAGAUCGAAUCAAGAAGCAGGUUGAGGAAGCUGAGGAGGUAAUACAACGAGAACUCAAAGAAUUCGAAGACCGCCGGCAAUCCAAUCCAGACACAGACGUUAAUAAGAUCAACGGCAACGACGAGAAGAAACAGGAUGAAGACCACAAACCACCUAUCGAACAGGGUGAAUCUUCGAUUCCAAAUACUAAUCAAACAGAAGAUGCAAGACCUCAGGGUGACGGUGCUGCAGACACCGCUCAUCAGAUACACCACCCUCCGCCUACUGAGCCUUCACAUGCACCUGUAUCGGAGCACGAUGCGGCGAAAGAGAAUGGCGAUGACGCUGGCGAGGUGGUUCUUGAAGCCGAAGAGGACACUGUCAUUUAUUAGUGCCCUCCGUCUUCAGUCCUUUGUACAACUUGUUUUCCGUUCAACUUUAAACCUUUGCAUCUCCAUUGCUUCUGAAACGCUUUUACACGCAUCAUGAGACCUACGGUUCGUUUUUUGGCUGAUUUGAUAAAAGUGGGGAAAGGGGACCAGGAAGCGAGGCGUUUGGGAGCCAGCGAAUUUCUCCAUCUUGUAUUUCUGCAUUUCCUUUUCGUCAUAUCCGAGAAGGAGUUUCAUGGAAGUUCUGUGAAAGUGAUUGCGUUGCAUUUUCACGCACUUGUUGUCCGCAAAAUUAACCGACUCCGAUUUGCGCAUCUAAGGAAAAUAAACAUGUUGUUCGCAGAAGCGUUUCUUAUCUCAACCUUAGGACAUACAUGUCAAGCAUAGCUAUAAAACAACAUUGAGCU